AUGGUGGCCUGCGACGGCUGCGGCGAGAGCGUCGCCGUCUCGCAGGGGCGCAAGGACAAGGCCGGGUCCAGCUUCUACUGCGACUGGUGCUGGGACGCCUUCGACGACGCCGCGUACGGGGACUACGACAAGUAUGACGAGGCCUGCACGGCCAAGCCGGCGGCGAAGGUCGCCGCCAAGGCCGCCGCCGCGAAGGCCGGGCCGAAGGCGGCCCCGAAGCCUGGCGGCUGCGGCCGCGGCGGCGGCGCGCUGCCUCCGGGCGGCUGCCCCGGCGCGGGCGGCGGCGGCGCUGCACCCUCGGGCCGCGGCGGCAGGGGCGCGGGCCGGGGCACCCACGGCCACGCCGCCGAGCUUCAGGCGCGCGCGGAGAGGCAGCAGGCCAUCGCAAAGGCACAGCGGCUGCGGGAGAUGAAGCGGAUGGCCAACGUGGACCCGCCGGUGCUCCUCUCCAGGCGCAUGCGCGACCGCCUGCGCGCCGCCCUCGGACUGCCCCUGGACAUGCAGGAGCUGGCCCUCGGCGACCUGCCGCAGGACAUCACCGAUGAGGAGGCCAUCUCGAUCGGCCGCCUUGUGGAGAUGGGCUUCACAUCGGCCGCCGCGGAGGCUGCUGUGGCCGCGUGCCGCGAGGAGGGGCCCCCCCUCGGCCACCCCUGGACCGCCGCGGCGCUGACGGAGCACCUGCGGGUCUGGCUCUGCCUGAACCUGCCGGAGGAGGAGCUGCCCGCCGGCUUCUCCGCGAAGAGCGGACAGAUCGGCGUGAACACGGGCCCCGGCAGCAGCGCGGCCCCGGAAGAGAGCGCCGCCGGCCUGAGGGCCGAGUUCCUCGGCAAGGCGAGGUCCGCCCUCCUGGGCGCCCUCGGGGGGGACUCCGGGGCGGCCGAGGCGCUCCUGUGCACGGUGGAGCUGCUGCUCCCGCCCGAGGACGAGCCCGGCGCGGAGCCGCAGGAGGGCGCGCUCGCCGAGGUGCUCGAGGCGGAGGGCGCCAGCGGCGCCUGCGCCGCGAUCCGGGGCGCGUGGGCGGACCUCCUCGCGAGCCGAGCGAGGCUCCCGCCCGCCGGGGCGCCCACCCGGGCCGCGCAGGCCUGCGCCGCGGAGGCUGCCGGCGCCGCGCCCGUGGCGGACGAGGCCGUGGAGGACGAGCCGGCCUUCGGGGAGGGCGCCGGCCUGGCCUGCGCCGACGACGAGGGGCCGGCGGCGCCCGGCAGGGGCGCCGCAGGCAAGGCCAGCGGCCGCUCGGGCGGAAGGGGCGGCAGCCGCGGCGGUGGGCCCUGGUUCGGCCCGGCAGGCGCCGAGGCCCCCGCGGCGAGGGAGAGCGCGCAGAGGCACGCAGAGUGGUUGGCCUCCGCCGCGGGCAGGGCCAUGCAGAAGGUCCGCGAGGACCUCCCUGCGGCGAGGAGCCGGAAGGAGCUGCUGGCACUGCUCGGCGCGCCGGCCGCGGAGCAGCUGGGCGGCGGCGGCGGCCGCGGGGGCCGGGGCCGGGGCGGCCAGCGCGGGGGGGAGGGCGCUGGCGGCGGGGAUUUCUGCCGCUUGGUCAUGGUCCAGGGCGAGACGGGCUGCGGCAAGACCACGCAGGUCGGCCAGUUCCUCGUCGAGGCCGUGCCGGGCGCCCGCGUGGUCGUCACGCAGCCGCGCAGGGUGGCCGCCGCCUCCGUGGCGCAGCGCGUCGCCGACGAGCGCGGGGAGCGGCUGGGAGAGGGGGCUGUCGGCUUCAAGGUGCGGGGCGAGUCGAAGAUGAGCGGCCAGAAGUGCCAGCUGCUCUUCUGCACGCUCGGCGUGCUCUUGCGGAGGCUCACGCUCGGCGACCGCUCUGCGGGCGCGGGGCUCCUCGGCCCAGACGUCUGCACGCACCUCGUCGUGGACGAGGUGCACGAGCGCUCCAGCGAGGUGGACCUCCUGCUGACGCUGCUGCGGCUCCGAAUGCCCGAGUUCCCGCAGCUGCGGGUCGUGCUCAUGUCGGCCACGAUGGACCUGUCGGCCCUGACGCGGAUGUUUCCCGGGGCGCCUUCCAUCUCCAUCCCUGGGAGGACCUUCCCGGUGCAGGACUUCUACCUCGACGAGGUGGCCAGGAUGCUGGGCGAGGAGGAGGGGCCGGAGAGGGGCGAGAAGAGGGACGCGGUGGACCAUGCGGCCGGGCGGCUGGGCCCGCUUGACUUCGGCCUCAUCGCCCGCCUCGUCGUGGCCCUGGCGCGCGGGCGCCUGGAGGCGCCUCGGGGCUCCGCGCCGUUCCCAGCGCAGGGGGCCGUGCUCGUGUUCCUGCCUGGGGCUGGCGAGAUCGCGCGGCUCGUGGGCGAGCUGGAGCGAGCCGGCGGCGCGUCCGGCGGCGCGCCGGCGCUGCUGCGGCCGCUGCCGCUGCACGGCGGCCUGACCACGGAGCGGCAGCGCGCGUGCUUCGAGGUGCUGCCGCCUGGCGGGCCCAGGAAGGUCGUCUGCGCCACAAACGUUGCCGAGACCUCCAUCACGAUACCAGACGUGACGGCUGUGGUGGACACAUGCCGCGAGCGGCGCUUGCGGCUAGAGGCGGGCAGCUUCACGCCCUGCUUGGCCGAGCAGCUCUGCGCGCAGGACGCUCUCCGCCAGCGCAUGGGCCGCGCGGGCCGCGUGCAGGCUGGCGUCUGCUUCAGACUCGUCAAGAAGAAAGCCUACGAUCAGCUGCCGCGUGCCACACCGCCGGAGAUCGAGUCGCUGCCCCUGGAGUCCCUUGUGCUGACGGUGCGGCACAUGGGCUUCGAGCCCCGCGCGUUCCUCUCGCAGGCGCCCACGCCGCCGAAGCCAGAGUCGGUCGUCGUCGCGGAGCAGGCCCUGGACUCCCUCGGGGCGAUCGCGCUUGACGAGGGCGGGGCCGUGAAGGCGCUGGGGCAGCACCUCGCGCGGCUGCCGUGCGACGUUCGCAUCGGCAAGCUCCUGAUCCUCGGCGCCGUGCUUGGCUGCCACCGCCACGCGGCGGCGCUGGCGGGCGUGCUCUCGGUCCGCUCGCCGCUGCUGCGGGGCGACGAGGACAGCGACCGCCGGCGGAAGGAGCUGCGGAGUGGCCUGCGGCCCGGCGGCGGCCGCUCAGACCACUGCAUGCUGGCGCAGCUUGCGGCGGCCCACGCGGACGCCGGCGGGUACUCGCAGAGGCGCGAGCUUUGCGCCCGGUACGGCCUCUCCUCCGAGCGCAUGCAGGAAGCGGCUUCGGUCUCUGGCCAGCUCCUCGGCGAGCUCUCCGCCCUCGGCUUCUGCCGCCCCGGCGAGGGCAUCGCGGGGCUCAGCGGCGCACCCGCGUUGGGCUCGCCGUGGCGGCUGCUCCGCGCCGCCACCUGCGCGGCCUUCUACCCCAUGGUGGCGAGGAUCGAGCGCCCGGCCCCGACUUACGUCGCUGGGCUCUCCGGCACGACGCAGGCCGCGGACAAGGCCAAGGACUUGCGCUACUUCGUGCAGGAGGCCAGCGCAGGCGCACGCACGGGGUCGGAGGGCGGCGUCUCUACGCUGCGCACGCGGGCCUUCCUGCACCCCAGCUCCGGCCUCUUCCUCGAGUCCAGCUUCGGCGUGCCGUACGUGGUCUUCUCGGCGAAGCAGGUGCAGCAGCAGCGCAGCGAGCUGCACCCGACGAAGCUCGUGCUCUCGGUGGCCUCGGAGUGCUCCAUCUUCGCGCUGCUGCUGUUCGGCGGGCGCCUCACCGCGGACCACCGGGCGGGGACGCUGGCCCUCGACGGCUGGGUGAGGGCGCGCGCGGGCUCCUCGGCGGUGGCGGCCCUGGUCGAGAGGCUGCGCCGCGAGCUGGAGGCGCUGCUGCGGGCCAAGGUCGAGGACCCCCGCGCCGAGGUGCGCCGCCACCCCGUCGCGAGGGUCCUGGUGGAGCUGCUCGAGACGGCCCACGACAACCUGAGCGUGCUGGCCUUCUAUGGCUGCGUCUCCAGCGCCGCCGCGGUGGCGUCGGGCGCGCUGGUUUUCGGGGAGCUGCAGGAUAUGCGCUUCAACGAGCACGCCCUCUUCGUGUUCUUGGGUGUUGCCCACUGCUGGGGCAUGCACUCCCUAGGCAGAUACGGAGGCGAGCGAUACACGAGGCUGGACGGGGGCGAGAAGGAGGAUCGCGCCGAGGCCCUGAGCGGCCGCGCGCUGGGGAAGUCCGUGCAGAUGGCGGAGCUGCCCAGCCACAGGGCGGCAGCGGACGGCGCCGCGGGCGCACCCGCGAAGGCCAAGGAGGCGCCGCUGCUCCAGUUCAGCGACGAGCCCGUAGUGCACACCCCAGAGGACGACGAGCAGUUUGAGGACAAGCUGUUCGCGCAGGCGCUCGGCGCCUGCGACCUGCCCACGCCCGUGGACGGCGGCGGCCCCGAGGGCUGGGCCGCGGACUGGGGCGGCGCGGCGCCCGAGGGCGGCGCGGCUGGGCCCCGGCUCGCCGCGCUGGCGCCCGCGGGGGGGCCGGCGGCCUUCGACGCGGACUUCGAGGAGAUGAUGAAGCGGUUCGAGGAGGAGGACAAGGCCUUUGCGGGCACCCUCCCCGUCCUGGACUUCGACAGCGGCCAGGACCCGAGGCGCCGCCGCCCGACCUGGAGCCGGCCAGGCUCCCCUCGCUCCCGCAGGUCUUGACAUACGACGCCCAGACUUUGCUGGACGCCUCCACAGGUCAAGACGACGAGGACGAGCUCCUCCGGAACAUCGAGGAGCGCCACGCGGCCCGCCGCAGAGGUGCCCCCGCGCGCCCCGCGCCGGCGGCGGGCCUCUCCCGCGAGCUCGCGCCGAGCCGCGCGGGGAAGGCCAGCCCCUCCGAGGGCCACGAGGAGGGGGGGCAGGCCUGGGCCUCCCGCGAGCUCGAGCCGAGCCGCACGGGAAGGCCAGCCCCUCCGGGGGGCCACGAGGAGAAGGGGGGGCAGCCUUGGCAUCGCUCGGACGUGUGCACUUUCUUCCUCGAUCGUUUGGCAUCGCUCGGCCGUGUGCUUUUUUUUGUCCUUG